UUGGGAGACACAAAUGGGUGUCUUCAGUCACAAUCUGAUUCCGUCGUUAACCUUGGCUGACCAUCGUUAAUUCUUGACUUAUAGAAUUUUACCCAUAACAAUUUGCUCCUAAUUGCUAAAUAUGGACAACUAGAUACAUUUUUUUCAACUAAUAAAAAUAAAAUUUGAAAACAAAAAUAAGAAAAUACAAAAGAAAAAGACAAAAAGCAAGAUAGCAAGACCGUCGUUUUUCUUAGGGCGCACUUACCUUUGAGAAGUUAUUUCAACUUCCCACUCUUCCGUUAACCGUCACUUCAAGCCUUUAUUACCGAUACACAUUUUUGCGCUUCCCCAAGUUUCUACACACUAUAUCUCUUCUUUCUCUCUCAUUUGCUCAAGUUUCUCAGGCAAUUUCGAAGGCGAUCAGUUGUGUCUUGCGGUUUCUUGCUCUUUCUUUCAGGUAAUUACUUCAAUUUCUUGUCUUAGUAGUUUAAUUUCAGCGAAUGUCAAUUAAAAUUCCCAAAAAUAGAUCUAGGUUUUCACUUUGAGUUGUUGAAAAAAGGGGGCCAAUUAUUUCAGAAAAAGAAAUGGUGACCAAAGUGGAAUCAUUGAUGACUCCGGCGAUGAAAGAUGAAUUAGUGAAGAUGGCUAGGUUUCUUGAUAGUGCUUUUGCUCAUAUUUUGGGGAAGGGUAAUAGAGAAGAAGAUUGUCCCAAGGGUUACGUUGUGUUCUUUAGAUACCCAUUUGUGGAACCGAAAGCGACAUUCCCUUUCAAACCCUUAACUAGGUCUUUCUUUGAAUUGCUGGGGCUGAGUCCAGGGCAUCUUAUGCCAUCUGGAUGGAGAAUUAUUUCAAUUGUGGAGGAAGUUACUAAGGAUUGGGAAGAUAAAUUUACCUUAGAGGAUUUGGUGGAGGCCUAUGACAUAAAGAUAAGGAAUUGUCAUUUUGUGAGCUUAUUUAAGAGAGGGGAGCCACUGGUAUUGAAUACAGAUGUGAAUGACAGGGGCUGGGCUAAUCACGUUGUCUUUGUUAAAAAGACUUCUUUGGGUGUUGAAGGAGCAUGGUUAACAGAAAGGUGGCUAGAGGAUGAGCCUGCCUUUGAUUUUCUUGAGCCAACUGAGAAUUCUCAGGACAAGGUUAGACGGUUCCUCGAAGUCGACAACCAAAAGAGAACGUUUGUGAGGGUCAAACCAUCUUUGGGUGAUCCGUCGGGUCAUAAGCCAAAAGAUUCUCCGGUUGUAUCUCAAGGGAUCGAGGAUUCGGAGGAGACGAUGUCUACUCGAAAGUGGUCAAUGUUUCUUUGUCGUUGCUAAUGUCGUUACUUUUUUCUUUUGCUAAGCCGUUUGUUCAUUGUUAUCGUAUUUUAUCAGAAUCAACAGCGUAAGGAGAUCGUCGUGGACGGAGCAUGUCUUAGGCUGAUUAGGACCUUAAGAUGAUGAGGAAGUGGGGUCUGUCACCUCAAGAGCAGACACAGUCGUUGGCGGUCGACUAGACGAAGCAUCUUCAUACCUCGUCGCCAUAAAAGGUCGGAGAUGAGUCUGCGACCAUUACUUUUUCUCCGUCUCCUCCACGCAAGCAACAGAAGAGCGAGGAUGCUACUGCGAUUCCUAUUGUUGAAGAACGCUUUCCAGUAGAUUCCUCAGUCUGCAUAGAGAGAAGCAUCAUUCUUUGUUUCUGCUGUUAGAUCAGCUUUUGUUUCCUGGGUCUAGGUAAAGCUUGGCUGGGACCUCUGCUUUGGAGAUAGCCUCGGAGGCUGCUACUGCUCAUCUCUAUUGUUUGUAGAAUUCACUAGUUUUGAGGGAGAGGGUGAUCGGAUUGGCUAAGGAAAUGAAAAUGUUGGAUAAUGCUGCGAAGGAUGCCGACUCAAAACGUCAAAUUGCCACGAGGACGUUUUAAAUGACCAAAAUGGAGCUUGACGAUGUGAAGAAGAAGGUGCAUAAGCUGGAAGUUCAGUUGGGAGAGAAAUCUAGGAAGGUGGAUGAACAAUCUCAGCAGUUGGAUGAUCAGGACAAGCAUCUAAAAGAGCAGGCUCGACAAUUGGUAGACAAGGUUACUGUGAUCAAGGCUAAUGAGGAGGCUUUGUCGAAGGCACAGGAAGGGCUGUCGUCGGUGAAGCAGGAAUUGGAAGACGCUUUGGACGACAAUGCGGAGUUAGAAAUUAAGGUUAAGCCUCGGAGUGGCAUCUACAAGAGGACAAUCGUUUCUUAGCCAAUGGCAGAACCCUUGACGAGCUGAGGGAUUAUGUUGCUGUAGCUUCGACUGUAGACUCAGGGUUGGCUCCAUCGAUCACUGCUCCUUUAGCCAUCAUCGUCGUCGAAGCUCAACCUACUGUUGUCGGGAAACAACUUGAGGAAGAUGUCGAGGUAUUACCUUCGACAAACUAAGGCAUUGAUGACAAUGUUCGUGCCGAGGACGUUGUCAACGAGCCGAUCGUCGACGAAACUGGUGUCGAUGCUUGAUUGGCAUCGUCAGUGAUGGUUUGUUUUCUUUGUGUAUUUUGGACAAGUUUGAUUUUGUUGGAGAAAUGUGCUUUGAUUUGUUUUUUAUUUUUGUACUUUGUUCCACUUGAGGGCAACUGGUUUCUUUUGAACAUAUUCGUAUGCUUUGACGUUGUUACUUUAUGGUAUUUUGCUUUCCACUA